AAAGAGGAUCCGUGAAGAAUGAACGGUAUGGCACCGCGCCCCGCGCUCUCCCUUCUGUUGACUCGCCGUAGAUCCCGAAGUAUGGCACCGACGCUCGUGUUACCGGCUCCCCCCCACACCGUCCUGGAGAAAAUGCCCCAUCUGGUCACAUGGCUCCGGACGAACAGCUGGCUUUGUGGGCAAAGCGCUUCUCCACUGUGAGAAUGUUCCUAGUGGGAAGGCACGUUCAGCACGCCCCUCCCUGCCUGCUCUCCAUUCUCUUUUUACACAGAAGCAAAGGCAGCUUCUGUUAUGGCGGGUGGAGGCCGCAUACACAUUGGCAGCCCGGAACACACACGCACGACACACUCUCAGGGGGCCUCAGCACUGAGGGCAAACUGGGCUCUGCCGCUUCUAUCGGCAAGGAGGAGAAGGGACAUCUUGAGACACCUCUGACAAAACCAUGGAAAGACAUCACGGGAAUGCGCAAGCAAGCAAAGUGUCCGAAAGUGGCAAACUUCCAUACUCGGUUGAAACGCCGUACGGUUUCCGUCUGGACUUGGACUUCCUCAAGUAUGUCGAUGACAUUGAGAAAGGGAGAACCAUUAAAAGAAUUUCUAUCCAGCGCCACAGUAAAGGCUCUCGGGCAAGUACUCUUCCUCGCCACUCUAAUCCUUCCGGCUACGGUUACCGACCGAGCCUCUGGGGAUCCACCGGAGCGCUGGCCCCCAGGUCUCGGCUGUCGGACGACCACCGUCGCGGCUCCGCUGCCCGGUCGCACGACUACAGGUCGCCUCUUUGGCCACGAGGCCGAGCGGGCCGAUCGGAUCUCGAGGCCGAGAUCCGUGAGUUUGACGAGCAACCCUUGGGCGAGCACAUCCGACCGCAUCUCCUCCGGGCCUCCAGCCUGCCCCUGACGGUGCUUUUGAGACAAGGAUUGGAGGCGACAGAGGGGCCCCAAAGGGGCCAUCUUGGAGACAGAAACAAAUCUUGUGAAGACAUCUUUGACUCUCAGGAGAGCCUUCACACCCAGGAUGGCUUCAUUCUGUCAAGGCGCCUACAAGAUGCCUUGGAACAUGUCGAGAAGCUGGAGAGGGAGGUACGAGUCAUUCCAGACCUGAGAGCGCAGAUCUGUCAGCUGCAGGAGGAGAAAGAAACGUUGCGCUCGCAGAUUCGCCCGGGGUCUCUCGACGGGAGCCGUCAGAACGACAAAAGCGGCGCACCGUACGAACGACGGAGUCGUCACGAUGGAACGCGCGAGUGGAAGAUGAGCACUGAUCUGGAUGAGCUCCUGACGGUGACGUCGCUCCAAGCUAAAGUGGCCGUGCUGGAACAGAAACUGUACGAGAGCGAGCUGGAGCUUCGGAGGGUCACGGGGCGGCGGCGGCAGACGGAGAGCAAAAGUCCAAACGGACAGAUCGCAAAUGCCGGGGUGCGGGUGCACGCCGAGAGGGCGCCGGUCGACCAGGAGGAGCAAAUCGCGGGCCGAUCCAUAAACGGACACCUCGGGGAUGAUGUGGAAUCCCCAAUGGAGGUUUCCGCCGCGACCCCAGACACGUCCGGGGUCCUUCGGCACAUUACGAAGAUAAAGCGACUCCUGGAUCAGCAUUGGGAGUGUUGCAGUGCAGCAGAGGAAGCCAAAAGCCCUGAGGUUCUCUCGCUGCAGCAGGAGAUGAGGGGACUCGUCCACAUCUUGAGCUCACACUCCACUCAGCCUGGACACGACAAUGGACAAACAUUGGCUGCAACCCAAGUGGAAGCAGAGCAGGAAAAGACAGGAACGGGGGAAGAGAGGCAAGCGAUAUGGUCCGCAACCGGAUCUGGAUGGCCAGCUGGAGAGGCGGCGGCAUCUGCCAAGAUGAAGCGUCAGCCCCCGGGAAAACAGAUGGAGGACGACACCGGAGGCAGUGAGAAGGUGAAUGCGGACUUUAUGUCAGCGUGUCGCUUCCUCAACCAGCACAUGGACAACAUUGAGAAUCCAACCAAUGAGACGAGGAGGGCCCUUAUGGUGCUUUUCCAGGACUGGUUCAGUACAGCAGCAGAGGAGAACUCAGUGUCCAGUAAAGUGGCUUUGUAUUUGAGGGAGGUCCAAAAGGCCACACCGUCACUUUUGGCCUUCCUCAUCAACCUGGCAGAUGAUAACGGCAACACGGUCCUCCAUUACAGCGUUUCCCACUGCAAUUACAGCAUCGCCGCUCUGUUGCUGGACACAGGAGUAAGCGACGUUAACUUCCAGAACAAAGCGGGUUACACAGCAGCGAUGCUGGCCUCCCUCACAGCACCGGACAAGCCUGGCGAUAUGGAGGUGGUCCGCAGGCUGAUGGAGAUAGGCAACGUCAAUACCCGCUCCGGCCAGACAGGCCAGACGGCUUUGCACUUAGCUGUGCGUCACGGCCGAGCGGUGAUGGUUGACCUGCUGCUGAGCUGCGGCGCAGACGCAAACGUCCAGGACGCUCAGGGAACCACGGCGCUCAUGUUUGCAUCUGAGAGGGGCUACACACAUUUGGCACGACUGCUGCUGGAGAGGUCCCGCUGCGAUAUGACCUUGACCGAUCAGAGCGGGCGGACUGCUCUGGGCAUCGCCGUGCUCUGCUCCCACAGUGACACGGCGGCGCUUCUGCAAGCCAAGACUUGAUGUCUGUUUGAUUGACAGACCGAGGCACGACCUUUCAAAUUGACCUGCUUGCAUAAGAAAGUUGCCAGCCAGCAUUUGGUCAACUAUAGCAUCUUAAAGGUGGUGAGUUUUUUUUUUUUUUUUGCUCUCAUUCUCGUUGUUGUUGAUCAAUAUAUAUUUUUUAAAAUGCUGAGUCAUUUUUAAUUAAGCUCUUCUGAAAGUAAAUGUUGCAUCUGCGAAGAUAUUCACAGCAACGUGACGUAUUCAGCGCUUCGCAUCAAUGCGGCGGUAAAGCUGUCACAUUUUCAAGUGAGCUCAUUCGUCAGCCUUAUUGCUGCAUGGAUAAAUCUGACCAGCAGAUGACGCAUUAUUUCCAGCUCAGAUACCAAUGCAGUUUGCACUGAAGAAAAAAAAAAAAAAGAGAAUUUUUCUGGUCAGAUUUUAUGUACAGACAUUUUAUAUGUAUAUACAGACAUAUUCGAAAGUGAUACAGAAAAUCAACAAGUGGAACCUUUUGGUUUGAAUAAAGUUUGUCUUUGCAAAUGUC